CAAAGAUGUGCAUCUACAGAGUCCCUCAGUGCCUGCGAGAAAGGGACGACAAAUCUUACAUUCCCCGGACCGUCUCCUUGGGGCCUUACCACCACGGCCGGAGACACCUCCGGACCAUGGACCCCCACAAGUGGCGCGCCCUUUACCGUGUUCUCAAGCGUACCCAGCACGACAUUGCUCUAUAUCUGGACUCCAUUAAAGAGAUGGAACAGCAUGCCCGUGCUUGUUACGAAGGCACGAUUUCUCUCAGCAGCAAUGAAUUUGUGGAAAUGAUGGUGCUCGAUGGCUGCUUCAUACUGGAGCUGUUCCGAGGGGCUAUUGAGGGCUUCAAGAAGCUAGGUUACUCCCGGAAGGAUCCUAUCUUCGCGAUGCGUGCCUCGAUGCAUUCGCUUCAGAGGGAUAUGAUAAUGCUCGAAAACCAGAUUCCCCUCUUCGUACUGGAUCGGUUGUUAGGGCUCGAGAACGGCGAUCCUGACAAGAGAGGACUGGUGGCCAAGCUAGCAAUCCAGUUCUUCGACCCGCUAAUGCCAACCGAUGAAUCAUUACAGUCACCACGACCAUCAUUAUCAUCGCUCGAAUAUGCAACCACAUUUGAUCCAUUAGCAGACCAAGGUGGCCUUCACUGCCUCGAUGUUUUCCGGCGAAGUCUCAUGCGCGCGGGGCCAAAAGCCGUACCCAAAAUGUGGAUCAAGCGGUGGUCAUCGCGGACGAACCAGGUCGUCGCCGACAAGCGCCGUCAACAAUUGGUCCAUUGCGUGACUGAACUGAGGGAGGCAGGGAUUAAAUUCAAGAAGAGGAAGACAGAUCGGUUCUGGGACAUUAAAUUCAAGGAUGGGACUCUGAGCAUUCCUCGGCUGUUGAUCCAUGACGGUACCAAAUCGCUGUUGCUCAACCUGAUCGCGUUGGAGCAGUGCCAUCUCGAUUGCAACAACGACAUAACCUCGUACGUGAUAUUCAUGGACAAUUUGAUAAACUCCCCUGCGGAUGUGGCUUACCUCCAUUACCACGGCAUAAUCGAGCACUGGCUCGGCACCAAUGGUGAAGUAGUGGACCUCUUCAACCGCCUCUCGGAAGAGGUGGUUUUCGACAUCGAUGGUAGUUACCUUUCGCAAUUGUCGGAGCAGGUGAACCGGUAUUACAAUCAUAGGUGGAAUGCUUGGCGUGCGAACCUCAAGCAUAACUACUUCAACAAUCCCUGGGCUAUCUUAUCCUUUGUUGCUGCAGUGGUCUUGUUGCUGAUUACUUUCGCUCAGACUUUUUAUGCAGUUUAUUCCUAUUACAGACCUCUUACUUGAGCACGAGCAUGAGUGCAAUAUCACGUCGUUGUGUAUUAGAUGAAUUCCCAUUUUUGUUUAAUUAUCAGCUAACCCUAUUAGUUGGAGUUGUUACCUAAUAAAUCGUGAGCGAGGGUUUUCUAAGCCUCCGUUUGGAGAGUGGGUUGAC